AUGUUUAACAUUUCAAAUUCUUUUUCAAAAAAGUUUUUAAAAACAGAAUUCGAACUUUCUUUUAUUACUAUUGAAAGACUUUUAGAAUCUAUAUCAUCCGUCCCCACUAAAGACUUUGGGGAAAUGAGAAAACAUAGAAUGAAAUUAAAAUCUACUCUACAUAAAGCAAAAGUAGAUAUUGGUAAUCUUCAAAAACUUCAGGAUACAUUAGCAUCAUAUCAAUUGGAAAUAGAAAAUGAAGAUGUUGAGUCAUUUAAAAACUUUACAAUAAAAACUAAAGUUGCCAGUAAUGAAUUAAAAGAUGCUCCUUAUCAUAAUACAAUUUGUAGUACAUGUAAUCAUGUUUGUCAUGACCAUUGUGGUUUAGAAGAAAUUUCUUCAAGGGAUGACAAUGCUUUUAUUCGUUGCUGUUCAAUGGCAGGUCAUGAUAGUUGUAGAAUAUGCCCUAGUCAUUGUUCAUACACUGUUCAUUAUCAUGAUAAAAAAACAAUGGUGAACGUUGAAAAAACUGUAGAAGAGGAACUAAAAGAUAUAAAGGAUAAAUUGAUGAAAAGCUCUCAAUUAUCCACCAAAUUUUCUGGAAAGAUUAGUAGCCUUUCAGAUGCCAAGAAUUUAACAGAUGAAACUUUAAAAAAAAUUACCACUGACAUUGUUUCCUCAUGUAAAGAAUUGAAUAAACUAUGCUCAGGUUUUAAUUUAGGAGAUGAACUUCAAAUAACAUUAUUCCAAAUGGAAAUGGAGGCAAAAAUUUCAACAUCAUUCGAUGCAAGAAAAUCAGCUGAUGAAAUGAUUGGAGUAAUUAGAGAAAUAUUCGAUUCAUUGAACAAAGAAUCAGAGUUAAAAAAGAAAAAAACUUCAACUGAUGAAUCAAAAAUUAAAAAGGAUCACAUUAAAAAAAAUAAUAUUUUGGAUGAUAGUGAAAAAGAAAAAAGUUCAAAAGUUCAAUGGGAUUGCUCUAGUUGUAAAGAACCUCUUGAAAUUGAUAAAAACCUAUUCUAUUAUAUUCGUGAUAAAAAAGGAAAAUUUUAUUACAAUCAAUUUGAAAAUUCAAAUUCAUAUGAAGUUUUAAACAAAUCAAAAGAUUCAAUUGAAAUUAACAAUAUUAAUAUUAAUAAUAAUGAUAAUGAUAAUGAUAAUAAUGAUAAUAAUGAUGAUAAUAAUAAUAAUAAUAAUAACAAUAAUAAUAAUAAUAUUAAUAAUAUUAAUAAUAAUAAUAAUUGUUUUUUAGAUGAUAAUGAAAAAGAAAAAAGUGCAAAAUUUCAAUCUGAUUGCUAUACUUGUAAAGAUUCUGUUGAAAUUGAUAAAAACCUAUUCUAUUAUAUUCGUUUUAAAAAAGGAAAAAUUUAUUGUCAAAAAUGUUUAAAAUCCAAUAAUAAAAAUAAUAUUUUGGAUGAUAAUGAAAAAGAAAAAAGUUCAAAAUUUCAAUGGGAUUGCUCUAGUUGUAAAGAACCUCUGGAAAUUGAUAAAAACCUAUUCUAUUAUCUUCGUGAUAAAAAAGGAAAGUUUUAUUGUCAAAAAUGUUUCAAAUCUAAUAAUAAUAAUAAUAAUAAUAAUAAUAAUAAUAAUAAUAAUAAUAAUAAUAAUAAUAAUAAUAAUAAAAAUAAUAAUAAUAAUAAUAAUAAUAAUAAUAAUAAUAAUAAUAAUAAUACAAAAUCUAAUUCUAAGAAAGAAUCACAGGAACAACCCUUGAGGAAAUAA